GAAGUAGUCGUCGUGCCGGUUCCCGAGUUGAAGCUGCUGAGGCGGCGCGGGAGGGAGGAGCUGGGACCGGGACUGGGACUGGAGCCGCUCGUACUCAGCAGCCCGGGAGCGGAGGGCAGGAGUGGAAGUUGGAGACUAGCUCAUACUGGCAGACUUCCAUCAGAUAUCUCGGACAUUCAAUCGGCUGAAUUUGACAGAAGAUCUGAAUGGCCAAGGUGAUCAAAAUAUAGAUAGCUCCUCUCAGUGCACCUGUUCUGUCUUUUGGUGUGCUCACAAGAUGCCUGUUAAGAAGAAGAGAAAAUCUUCAGGGUCAGAAGACGCCAGCAUGAAAAAAUGUAGAAUAAGCAAUUUCUGUAGAGUACAGACGGCAUCUAGAUUAAUAAGUGAUGACAGUUUUUCAAGCAAAAAGUGCCUAGCUUGGUUUUAUGAAUAUGCAGGGACAGAUGAAGUUGUCGGCCCCGAGGGAAUGGAAAAAUUUUGUGAAGAUAUAGGCGUGGAGCCCGAAAAUAUUAUCAUGUUAGUAUUAGCGUGGAAGCUAGAGGCUCAGAACAUGGGAUUUUUCACUAAAGAAGAAUGGCUAAAAGGAAUGACCUCAUUACAAUGUGACUGCACAGAAAGGUUGCAGAGCAAAUUUGACUAUUUACGUUCACAACUGAAUGACCUGUCUGCUUUCAAACAAAUUUACAGAUAUGCCUUUGAUUUUGCUAGGGAUAAAGACCAACGUAGCCUUGAUAUUGAUACUGCUAAAUCUAUGUUAGCUCUGCUCCUAGGAAGAACGUGGGCCCUGUUCUCUGCAUUUUAUCAGUUUUUGGAGCAAUCAAAGUACAGAGUUAUGAAUAAGGAUCAGUGGUUCAAUGUUUUGGAGUUCAGCAGAACUGUACUUGCAGACCUAAGCAACUAUGAUGAAGAUGGUGCAUGGCCAGUGCUUCUUGAUGAAUUUGUUGAGUGGCAGAAGGCAAGGCAGUCAUCAUAACAAGUUGGAGUAGAAGAGAACUAAGGGGAGAGCAAUAAUGCAUUGCUACCCGACCAAACUACACCUUUAAUUAUGAAGUGGAAAGUAUUUGUCAGAAGCCAUCUUUUAUGCUAGCUACAGACUUUUCAGUGUUACAAGUGGGGAGAAGGUUUUCAAGUUGCAUCUGUAUUAAGCAUUUUAUUAUGUAUUCAUUGACUACGGCACCUAAUGUUAGGAUUUUGUCCAGUCUUGAGUCUUAAUGCUUUUGGCGAUAUCUGUUUAUAACUUCAUAAGUACUUUGAUGAAGCACAUUAAAAUUAUAGAUUUUCAUUAGAAACAGAAAUCGUCAUCAGUUUCAUGGGUGACUGUGUAGGUAAAAGGCCUUGAAGUGUAUGGAUGCGUUUUCCAAUUGUUAGGAAGUGUAUGCUAUUGUAUCAGACACUUGCUGCUCUGGUACCGUACCAAAAACUUACUGAACCUCGUCAUGUUAUUGUAACUAUGUGGCACCUUUUCUGUGAUAUAGUAUAUCAAUAGGUACUGGUGCUAGUCUAGGCCUGUGUGCUCAGGGUUUAUGGUAAUGACAGAAGCACCACGACAAGGCCCAUGUAAUAGAGCAUUACAAGUGGUACAAAUGUAUGUUUAAAUGCGUUCAGUUAAUGUUGUUGAGGUAUCCACAGAAUGAUUUGCCUGUUUCCAAAAGCUUUUAUUUGUUUUAUUUUACACCCAUUAAGAACAAUGCAGGGUAUAGUCGUAUACACCUGAUUCAGGUGGCAGAAAUGUGUAUAAUCAGAGUUACAUAUGAGAGGAUUCAUCAGUACUGGAUUAGCAAAUAUGUGGUUUUGACUACAAUUUUCAGUCAAAGCAGGUAAGUGACCACAUCACUGAGCAAUUGGUCUACUGUACUAACAGUACAGUAUUAGAUUAUUUUAAGGUAUAUGUUUAUAUAUUUGACUCUCUAGAGUAUAAAGUUGUAAAUUAGCAUGAACUAAGCACUCUUAUGCUAUUGAUUAAUUGAAGCUUUUGUAAAGAGGUGAUACUGUGGGACCUUGAAUAAAAAAAAUACUUUUAUGUUCUUUAGUGUCUAAAAGACAAAUUGAAAUUUUGUCAAUGGAUCUCUUGUGUAAAGAAAGUCGUGACCUAAAUACUCAGAAUUUAAACAUUGAAGCACGAGUGCAGUGAUUCUUUAUUUUCUUCAGCUUCAGUUUUCAUCAGAUUCUUCCAAACCCUGCAAAAGAAUCUCUUCUGAGGGUGAUAUCUAGGGAGGUGUAAUGACUGGAACAGUAUGGCCUGUCUAGAAACACUAAAAGCUACUGAUUUACUGUUCACUUGGAAAAAAUGUAAAGUGGUGUUUUGGGGUGCACUUUAAGCAGUCCUGUACAUCAUAGUGCCAGUUAAUAUUCAGAAGUAGUACAGCUUUUGUUUUUGUUUUUUUUCACAAGUCUACAUUUUAAAAUUGACUUGUAUAGUCUUACAUAUUUUAAAUUUGGUGGUUCUCUGGCUUAGUGCAUUUCUUGAUUGUGAAUGCCAAUUGAUUAACACAGUAACCAGUGAACUGGUAAAUGCCUAUACUGCUCUCAUCCACCUGCUUACACCGGAUAUACUGAUACGCAACCUAUUGCUGGAGGGAGGAUUCUCCCUUACUGUUUACACCAGCACCAUCACAUACAAUCUGUGUUUAAUGUAAAUGAGACUGAAGUUCUUACAGAAUGGUAGAAUGGGCUACUUAAAAUGUCUGCUCUUUAAGCUGCUAAAUGAUUUAUCUUGACUAUUUCUCUGAAAUGAUGUACUCAUUCUAGGGACAUUUUCCCAGUAAUAGUGACAAUAAAGAAAGUUCACUGAAGUUCAGUUCCUAGAUAACAAUGGAUCAGCAAGCAAGCAAAAUAUUUUUAAAAAUGCCCUCAAAACUAAUGAGGUAAUUAUUCAAAGAUACUAAAAACCUGAUACCGAUUAUGUCAGUAAAUUUGUUUGGCUACUUUUCUUUAAAGGGGAAAAAUUGCAACAGUUGAUUUAAAAUUUAUUUUCUUCCCAUCCUCAGUGAAAGUCACGAAAAAUUAUUUUUAGAAGUGGAUAUUCCUAACAUUGCCAUAUAUUUCUAGCUCUUUGGAAAUGUUUUAAAUUUCACCGGGAAGCAGCUGCACCAAUGUCAGCUCGAUGAGUGUCAUCAAGUCCAUUUAUAAUUAUCUGUCAAGCUAAGAAAAUGUCGGUGCUGCCAAUAUACUUGCAAUAAUGAAUUCUGGCAUCAAUGCCAAUUAUUUGAUGCCCAAAGUCAGAAAAAAAAUUGAACAACUCCACAAGGAAUCUCUUUGUUGUCACUGAAAAGAUUCCUGGUGAGAAGGAGACCCCCGGCUGAUAGACCUUGCACUGGAAAGUGUACAUUAGUGAGGAGUUUAUAUGUUACACUGGUCAGCUUUUAUUUUGCAAAUUACUUCCCAUUGCCCAUUCAGUUUUAUUUUUAGAAGUAGGCCAGGACCUACUUAUAACACAUGGGGUCCAACUAUUGCAAACCCUUAAAAAGCAGAGCACAAGUUUAACAAUGCAAUUUGAUGCUUUGCAUUUAAGAUUCAAUGUUCACACUUUGCUUUAAUAGUCAUUUAAUAAUCAUUACUCAUAGCUUCCCUUUUUUUAUCCUGGGGUAAAUCUCCCUGACUGAAUUUGAGUUUGCCCAUGAGCUUCAGCAUUCUUGACAUCAACUUUAAGCUCAGUUAAGUAUUUUAAUUAGUGAAUAACCAGGUUAGUUUCGGAAAUGAGCUUGGCAGGAACCAUAUUUGUAUGUACAUGAUUCCUUUUAAAGCUUGCCAUCUUUAAGUUCACAUAGUUGCCUUUUGAAAGCUCAAAUCUCCUAAAUGACAGAUACCAGGUUCUGGUUAUCUGCUUAAGUGACUACACUUGGAAAAAGUUAUUCAUUGGUUGUGAAGUGCUUUGGGAUGUCCUGGGAACUUAAUAUGGUGCUGUCUGAAUGCAAGUUUAUUUUUCUUUCACAAUUUGGAUAUGGUCAAAGCUGUAAGACUUUUCCUAAACCAGACGAGCCAAUAGUUUUACCUAAAAUCCAGAAUUUCUAAAGAUUAUUUGAUUUGUGUUUAAAGACUUAAUAAUGCAAAAUGUACACUGGGUUUGCAGAGAAGGGUGUUUCUUCCAUCUUGUACAUAAAAUUUUGCACUAAUCUUUGAGAGUCUACAGUGCAGUAUUUGAAAAGAAAACAAAUAGACUGACAAAACUUAAUAGCUGUUUUAAGUUAAAUGUACAGGAUAGCAUUUUUUAAAGGGGGAUACUAUGAUGAAACCUUCUCUGAAUAUUUUCCAGUGUACUUCCUUUAAUUCUAAAAUGUGCUGCUGAAUAUAUAAUUGAAACUUCUUUUAGUCUGUCAUUUUCCAAAAUUUUAUAUGUAUUGGUAAUCCCUCAGUUCUUCCUUGAUCUGACACAAAGGAAUAUUGUAGUGUUGCAAGGAGGGGGUUACUGUGCAUUUAAAUUGUACUUCAAGAAAGGCAUCCUAGUAUUGUUCACAACAAUCAAUCCAAUUCAGUACCAGUUUAUGGCUUUUAAAAAUGCUAUUUUACCUUGUUACAACUUUGCAUCAUUGGAAAGAUCCUACAACUUUAAUUUCACUGUUCCUACUGAAAGUGGUAUCCACUCAGUGUUUCCUUUGGAUCUUGGAUUAGAAUUAUGUUUAUAUGUUUUUGCAUUGCCUAAUUGCAAACCUAUUUAAAUUGAAUGAUAAGUUCAUAAUGGAAUAUAAAUUAAUGAAUGCAUGUUUUCAUUUUUAAAGAUAUUGGUGAAAAGAGGCAACCCAAUGCAAUGCAACCUGAAGCAGAACUACUGGCAUGCCAAGAACUGUGAACUCUGGCAUUUUAGUUGUAUAAUAAAGAAAAAGGAACAGUGAA